UUUUAUCGUCACAAGGCCUGGUUAGCGAAGAGGAAGAAGAAACAACAACAACCCCAUCCCCGUUUGGUCAGUGACAGAAAGAGGCCACCGUUAUACAUUACUGAAUUUAUUUUAAGGUCACAAGUAAAUAAAAAGUUUUUGUGAAUUUAGAGAAAAAAUACAUUCGUUAUUCUAAUUAGGAGCCAGGAUGUCUUUGUUUGGAAAGUUGUUUGGUAGCGGUGGCAAAGGAGGUAAAUCUCCCAGCCCUCAAGAGGCUAUCCAGCGACUUCGAGAUACAGAGGAUAUGUUGACUAAGAAACAGGAAUUUUUGGAAAAGAAGAUUGACCAGGAACUCCUCACGGCAAAGAGAAACGGCACAAAGAACAAAAGAGCUGCCCUGCAGGCAUUGAAGCGUAAAAAGCGAUAUGAGAAGCAGUUGGCUCAAAUCGAUGGAACCUUGUCCACCAUUGAAUUCCAGAGGGAGGCGCUGGAGAAUGCCAACACUAACACUGAGGUCAUCAAGAACAUGGGAUUUGCUGCAAAGGCCAUGAAGGCUGCUCAUGAUAACAUGGACAUAGACAAAGUGGAUGAAUUAAUGCAAGACAUCACGGAACAGCAGGAACUGGCACAGGAAAUCUCAGAUGCAAUUUCAAAACCUGUUGGUUUUGGUGAGGAGUUUGAUGAGGAUGAGCUACUGGCUGAAUUGGAGGAGCUGGAACAGGAGGAGCUGGAUAAGAACCUUCUGGAGAUUGGAAGCACAGAGAAUGUACCACUGCCAAAUGUGCCCUCCACAUCUUUACCUGCCAGACCAGCAAAGCAUCAAAAAGCAGAAGAAGAUGAAGAUGACAUGAAAGAUUUGGAGGCCUGGGCAGCCAAUUAACAACUGCUGUUCUACAUCCAUAUGUGCAUACACCCCACACACAAAUAUGUACAACUGUUGGAACCGGGAGGACUUUAUAGUUUAGAUUGAAGUCUUUGGAACCGAGAUGAGUAGCCUCUUCAUGAAUAGACAAGAGAAAAGCAAACACCACUUCAGCCACAAAUACUACUAUUCAAAUGCUACUUGCCAUGCUUUUAAUGUCAGCACAAGUUAUCUAAGCGAAGGCUGUGCAUCUCUCAGUGCUGUGGCUUCAUCUGUGAACCAUGAAGACAGAAGACGUAAGAAGAAAAAAAGGCUUAAUGUAAUGUAAAAUUGUUUUUCUGUGAUCCCCUAAUAUUUGAUGCAUUUAUCCACAUUUUGUUGUUAACUGGCAAAGCAUCUUCUGUCCAUGCACAGAAUAAUGCUUUUGUUGGCAGAGCAACAGAGUUGAAUCCACCUUGCAGACAUGCAUGUCCACAAACAAUCUGCAUUGACCUUCCAAUAUUCUGAUUGGAGUAAAAGUGUGCUGUACAUUUUGUUUUCUCCCCAAUUAUUAACACGAUGUUAAAAGAACACUAAUUUUCUAUAAUUAACUUAAUAUAUUGAGUAUCUGUAAGGUACACUUCACAUCAUGCUGAUACAAUGAAAACGAAAAUAAAAUCUGUGUUUACAUAUACACAAAAUUUGUUUCUUCUUUAGUCCCUCUACCGUGGACAUACAUUAGGUGGCACUAUGAUUUAAAAUCAAACGUUUGAUGUGUACUUUGCAAAAACAGCAAAGGCAUACUGAGCUCUUUAUGUGCUGGUUGUGAGUAAUUGAAAAUAUAUUCUCUCCUAUCCCUGAAAACAGAUGUUUCUGAAAUGCUUGUGUGAGAGCAUGUAUACAAAUAUAAUCUCCAAAGUCUGCUAACACUAGAAAUGGUUUGCGUUGUGGGAUAAGAGUUGUAUAUCUCCAAUGAAAUACAAGCUUAUUUUUGUCUGAUAGAAAAGUGAGUGUGUUUGAACAGGUUUGCAAGAGAUGGUGGUGGUGCAGAUUGAUUUAAUAUCAUGUUUUACUUUGUGGAGUUGGUUACUUUAAUAUUCUCAGGUUCAUCCUGGUACAAAGGUUACAUUUUUGUUAUAUAAAAUGUACUGUUCCUGUUAAUAUGUUCCCUGAGAUGGAAAGAGAAAGAAAUAAAUACAUCUGUAUGACACUUAAGUUUAUUUUGUCAUGCUCAGAAGAGCUUGUUUUCUGAUGAUUGAUUGGUUGCGAGUAUGGGACUCUCUUGUUUUCCCAUAUACACCCUCGCAUUCUUACAUUUUCCUGCCUUGCCUUUCAAUGUUCUAACUAUACCUAAAUUAAAUGUUUUGCCAAAUGA